AAGCGGGCCGCCACGACGUUGCAACGUGGCUGUAGUUUUAGAGGUGUUUGUCUCCCAUUGGACUACGUGUAGAGCCCUCUCGUCCCAGCUUAGUACUUACCCCCAAAAGUUUCAUUCACUUCUGUAACGACUCGAAAACGUAGCGGCCAUCGGUAGACUUUUUUUUAAAACCUUCAACCAUGGAAUCGAAGACGUUAUUCCUGCCCGUUUUGUUGAGUUUGAUAGUUGUUAUUUGUGGUUUAUUACCCGGUUCGGACGCGGCGACGAAGAAAAUAAAGAAGAACACGGAAGAAAAGGUACCGGAAACUCUGACGGUCACGAAAAAGGCCUGGAUGGAUAUAGAGAUCGAUGACGAGCCGGUGGGGAGGAUUGUGAUCGGGCUGUUUGGAGACAUCGUCCCGGCCACGGUCAUGAACUUCGCAGCUCUUAUGAAGGGCACAUGGAAGGGAGACUCGAGUUUCAGCUACAAGGGGUCCAUCUUCCACCGUGUCGUCAAAGAUCACGUGAUACAGGGAGGUGACAUCACGAACUGGGACGGCACGGGAGGAAAGAGCAUUUACGGUGAAGUCUUUCCUGACGAAAACUUCCUGCUGAGUCACAAAGGCACUGGUUGGGUUUCCAUGGCCAAUCACGGGCCGGACACCAACCAAUCACAGUUCUUUAUCACACUACAGACUGCUAGGUUUCUGGACAAACGCUAUGUCGUGUUCGGGAAGGUUCUGCAAGGAUUGUCUGUGGUGAAGAAGAUUGCGGAGACGGAGGUAGACGCCUGGGACAGACCGAAGAAACUGGUCCGGGUCCUGAACUGUGGCGUGGAGAUCGUCAGUCCGUAUGGCUACAGGGACUCCGAGAGCAGGGCAGAGCUGUGACGCUAGGGGGCGUGGAUAGACCAUGCGUCAAGCUUAAUAGAUCAGUAGUCCACUGUCUGUAGUCAAUUGUGUUUCAAGGUUUCUUUCGAAGUCACCAGCGAUAUUGUCUCUUCUAGUAACAUUUUUCUAUCAAAGCAUUUCCAAUGUUAGUUGACAGUGUGCGUUUCUGUUAUUUUUCGGAAUUUUGAAGCUUGCUUCUUAAUAUCAUUGAUAGUUAACUGACUACUGCUUUCUGAUGCUUUGAUAUAUAUUCAAAUUUUCAUCAACGCAAACAAAUACAUUGACAACGACAUAAACAUCAACACAUUACACACAAACACUUCACUGUGACCCAUAUAAGACGUGUCGCAUUUAUACACAAAUAUGCAUUUACAUUUACACGUUUACACUUCUCAAUUUAUUGACAGUACACUAUUAAUAGAUAUGUUUACAGAGAAUAAAUGUACACAUUUUCACUUGUA